AUGUUCUCACGAGUCCUCCAGCUGUCCAAGCUGUCAUACAGGCAGCCCUGUAGAGGAUUUUCUACAGGCCAACUUUUAUGCAAACCAGUUGAGCAAUUCCCAAUGAGAACAGUCCCAAAACUACCUACUUUUUACUCUGCCAACCCACACCAUGAACACAGAAUUGAUCGUUUGGAGUCCCUUUUACGCAAGUAUGUUAAGCUUCCACUACAAUCCAUUUCUCAGCAGCAAUUAGAAAGACCGGUAUGGAUUACAUUAGAUGAUUACGCACUAGUUGGUGGUGGUACCCGAUUAAAACCAAUCCAAUAUCAGCAGUUACUAUCGUUAUUGAACAAACUACACGCCAUCGAUCCUCAGUUGACCAAUGAUGAAAUUAAGCAAGAACUAUCACAGUACUACAGAAAAAGUAAUAUGUCAGCCACUAGUGCCAAAUUAAAGACAUUGGACGAAUUUGGCAGAUCCAUUGCUAUCGGUAGAAGAAAGGCCUCAGUCUCUAAAGUUCAAAUGGUGAAAGGUACUGGUGAAAUUAUCGUCAAUGGUAGAUCUCUAAAUGACUAUUUUGUCAAAUUAAAGGAUAGAGAAUCCGUAGCAUACCCUCUGCAAGCUGUUGAUUCCGUUGGUAAAUACAACAUCUUUAUUACUACCUCUGGCGGUGGCCCUACUGGUCAAGCUGAAGCUAGUAUGCAUGCUAUUGCCAAGGCCCUACUAAUUUUCAACCCUCUGCUAAAGCCAAGACUAAGGAAGGCCGGUACUUUGACGAGAGACUACAGACACGUUGAGAGAAAGAAACCUGGUCAUAAGAAAUCCAGAAAGAUGCCCACAUGGGUCAAGAGGUGA